AUGAACUGCACUUUUUGUUUGCACUCCCAAAUAAACAGAAGGCAAGAACUGGUAAAUAAUGCUGAAACUAAACGAGGAAUUUCUCGUUUAGAAAUCUUUAGAGGCAGAAAUUCUCGAAGAGCGAAUAGAAAAGAAAUUUUCAUUGUAACAUCAAGUAAUGGAAGUCCGAAUAAUGCAAGAAUAUUACGAUUUCCACAGUUAAACGAAGAAUACUUCAUCUAUAAAUUCUUCUGUUUUCUGGAAACCAGAGCAAUGAAUAGAAAACAAAAUCAGACAAAAAUGAAAAUGGCAAGACGUAGUUUCAUAAACAAGAAGAUAAUGAGCAGCAGUUCAAGUCACCUUCGUUGGAAUACCUUCUAA